UGUUGGGGAUAUCGUUAUUCCUUAUAGAGUGUUAAAUAUCUCAUAGUAUUUCUUUAUUCAUCCUUAGCGACUUGUAUCUAAUUCAUAAUUGUUGUGGUCGACACGAUUGAAAAGAGUGACAGAACGACGCCACGUCCGCAAGUAUUGCAGCAAAAAAGCCGGUAGGUGACGUCCGCGUGUGUUCUUCAUUAAAGUGUAUAUGUACAUGAGUUUUCGAAAUAAAAAGAAAGGAAGGAAAAAACCAGUGAAGAUAGAAAAUUAAUAGUGAUUGGCUUUAAAAUUUGGUGUCAUAUUGAAAAAGAUAGAAGAAGAAGAAAAAGUAAAAAAAAAUAGAAAAAGAAAGAAAAGAAUAAUAGAUAAAAGAGAAUCGAUAGAGAGUUGAAAAAAUUAGAACAAACAUAGUAAAUGAACAACAAAAGAUAAAAAGAGAAAAAUCAAAUGAAUCGAAUGAAUAUCGGAUCGUGACUCAUGCUGGCUUUGACGUUUCGUCUUUCGUGAUUGUAAGAUUUCUUAUUGUCGCGUUCCACGUAUGAUGGAUGCUGUCGCGCGUGUUUCGCGACGCUAUCAAGAACAGACAGAUCAUCGAUCUGCACAAGCAACAGCUUUACAGUGAAUUGUUUCUUUGUCUACAAAGAUCGUGUAGUGUGUUGCGUGCUGCUUUCUUUUCAGCAAUUAUAUCAGCAUUCUAACCGCAAUCGUAAAACGCCGAUUAUACGAUCAGAUAUUCUUUUAAUAUGAGCCAGUAGGGUGCGUUGUAUAUGUGUAAGCGCGGAAAGCAGGAAGCAGUUAGCCAGUCUUUCUCUCAUCGACUAGUGAUUGCUUGUAAAUCUUUUUUCUCACUCCAUAUCGGUCUGUCGAUCAUCCUACUACAGUGACAUCGUUGUAACCAUCAUCAGUGUUUCUUCGAUGAUAAACACGUGUGCGUGUCACAAUUUACUACGUGUACGUGCGUGCGUUAGAGUUACGAGCUGCGCGUCGGCGCAUCGGUGUAAUUAGUGAUCGGGCUACGUUAUCAUCUAAGUUCUCGUAUACGAAUAUAACAGUAUACAGUUCUGUUAUUUGUUUAUUUGCUUGUUAAUUGGUUUGAAAAAAUCAGUUCUUUAUUUUAUUAUUAGUGUUGAAACUAGUUACGAACGGAUCGCCGGCGUAACCAUGGAUAUCCUGCCGAGUGGAAACAUAUUUAGGGAAUUGCAAGAUAUACAUGAUACCGGAUAUUUUUCGGCCCAGCCAUCGCUCGAGGAUCAUUGGCAACAGACAUGCUACGAGAUGGAGAGGUACCUGAAGGACGAACCGAAACUGCAGUCGUACAAAAAGUUGCCCACAGAAUUAGAUACAGCACCCUGGAAUCUCUUCAGGCCUCCUAUUUCGUGGACAGCGACCACUGGCACCGCCAACGCACAAUUUGAAUCACCAAUCAAAAUGGAGGUGACGACGUCGUCGGAAGACAGAGAAACGCUCUGCUUGGACGAUAUUAAGUUCAGUCCUGGUGAUCACAACCACAAUGGGCGUGAUAGGGAUCUUCUGGACCGGCACCUCGAUUCCUUGUCGAUGUCGUCAUCGAGUUCGGCGUGUUCUUGGGAUAGUUCGCCUUCCGUUUCGUGCACGGCGUUCAUUCUCAAGAAAGAGCCCAGCGAGGAUCUCGAAGAGGACGAGGAGCACGAGGAAAUCGAGGAGGAAGAGGACAGUGGAUGCGAAAGCGAAGGUCAAAUCCUGACACCACCAUCGAGUCCGGGCUCGGGUCAAGGUCAUUCCAACUCCAGUCACUCGUCGAGCGGGAGUUCUAUGCUCGACGUACAGAACCUCAACCUUCAUGGGACGGGUGGCAGGAGCGCUAUCGUCAGGGUUACUACUAGCAACGCACAGGGUGUCGCAAGACUGAUCUCCGUCACAGCGAAUGGCUACCCUGCAGUUGCAGGCACGCAACAUGCACAUGCAGGGACAACUGCGGCUGCGAGCACCGUGGCUAAUAGGCACCAUGCGAGGAGUCAUGAGCACAGUCCGCCUGAUACGAAGCGCAGGAUACACAAAUGCCAAUUUCCGGGUUGCAAGAAGGUAUAUACCAAGAGCUCACAUCUGAAAGCUCAUCAGAGGACGCACACAGGAGAGAAGCCGUACAAGUGCAGUUGGGAGGGUUGCGAGUGGCGAUUCGCGCGUUCCGAUGAGUUAACACGCCACUACCGCAAGCACACUGGCGCGAAGCCGUUCAAGUGUCGGCAUUGCGACCGAUGCUUCUCUCGCAGCGAUCACCUAGCCCUCCAUAUGAAGAGACACGUGUAAUCGAUCGUCACCGCGGACGGUCCUCAACAAACGGAACAGUCCAGGACCGGCAGGCGAACCUCCUUCCUUCUCGAAGAUUCUCGAGGUCGUCAUGCAAACACACGACCCCCUCGUGAUCGCGUUUCUUCCAUACACACCUGACGAUCCACAUCGAAUUCGAUCAUCGACAACGUAGCCAUCACCAAGUUGGCCCCAUCAUGUCGGAGUAAUAUGAUCGCAAGAUAUAGAGAUAUAUACAUUUAUAUCUAUAUAUCUAUAUAUCCCUUAUGGAUUUAAUAUUAAUAAAAGGGGAAUCGAUGAUGGGCGAGAUGAUCGAUGAAGAAUGGCCAUUUCUGUUAGUGGUCGUUCUUUGGAAAUAGAAAAGUCGAUCAAUAAAUAAACAAAACGAAUCGAUACUAUCCAUCGUUGUAAAGGACGAAUGUAAGACAAUUCGUAGAUUGAUGGUUGCAAUUGGAAAUUGCAAUUGAAAUAAAGAAAACGUAUAUCUUUCUUCUUUCUCUCUUCGAGGCAAUAUCUGAAAAAGUUAACGAGACUGAAAGAAUAUCAGAUGACACUUUCUAUAAAGAUACAUGCUGGCAAUGGAAACAAUAAAUGGUGAUUAGAUGCGGAUCAGACUGGUAAUUAGGAAUCUCUUGGACAAACACAGGAUAACAAAUUUUGUCCGAGAUGUUAAUCACUGCCAAUUCAUUAAAUUCUAAGAUCAGUGCAUAUAAUAUCGGAGAUAACCGAUGAAUGCUGCCUCGAAACUGGGAAAGAAAUCGAAUGAAAAAAAUCGUCCAACAAUGAUGGCGUAUACGACUCUCACGUGAAUUCUUACAAGUCGUCUGCCUCCUGUAAAACGGUCGAAUUUUCGGAAAACUGAUUCGAAAAGAAAAGACAGAGCAAGAAGAAAAAAUAAAGAAUUAACGAAAACAAAAAAAAAAAGAAAAAGAUAAAAGAAAUCGAAGGAAACAAAGAAAAAAAAAUGUGAAUUUAUACUUAUUGAUUCGAGAAACACCGAUUUGGCAAUGUUUCAAAGGCGUCGAUUCGAAAGUUCGAGAAAACCCGGUUCGAGAGGACAAUAAUAUUCUGUCUAUCGGUGCCAAAACGUUAUUUCCUUUUCUCUUUCAUUUUCCUUUCUUUCUAUUCUUUCUUAUGAACAUUUAUCACGUACACUAAUCUUCUCCCUCCCCUCUAGUAUCCCUGAAAAUGGGGGCCACAAGAGAAAAAGCUGAUUCUAAUGGGUAAGAAAAGUACGCGACGCUUUUGAGCCUCGAAUCCUACGAGCAAUAAUCGAAAAUAUAUUCGCGAGCCGGUAGAACGUCACAUGUACGUGUGUAUGUGCCUAUUGUAAAGAGUGGCGGACGAGGGCACACGACGAGGACGAGCCGAUGUAAUUGAAUACGUGAUUUCGGCCAGUUUCGACGGAGGCAAACUUUACCCGUGCCGCGGCGCUAAUCCCGAAUUUACAGUGCGAAUUAUAUCGCGAGGCCGCCUCCAUUCGACUCACACGAUUCGCCGCCCUUUUGCCCUUUUCCAUCGUAACAUCGUUUCCCAUCAUUUUCCGCGAAUAAACAAGAAAGGAUUCCUUUUCAAUACCGAGAAUUCGACCGUUUUACCGAUCGAUAAAUAAUUCACGAAUGAUUUUUAAGGAAGAAAGAGAAAACCGCUUAUAUUAUACACAAAAAGAAAGAAAAAAAAAAAGAAAAAAAAGAACCUUUGGUAGGAACAAGGCAUCGAGAAUUAUCUUUUUUCCUUAAAAAAUAAUUCGACCGAACACGGGGCUUCUUUCGUAGUAACGCGCGUAAUAUGGUUUUUAAUGAAAAUAAGGGGAAUAAGAAUAAUAAAAAAUAAAUAAAUAAGAUAUAUACGGGAAUCUGACUUUGUACUUUUGUACGAUUGCUUUCUAGGUAACGUUCUCAUCUUUAUUUCACGCGUGAUUGCGCGCCGCAGGAGCGGGAGUGGCGAGAUGUCCCGACGUGGCGGGCAAGAUUCUAUGUCGGAGGCUCAACAGAAAUAAAUAAUAUAUAUAUUUUUUAAUAUUCUCGUCUUACUUACCAAAACAAUAUAUUAUUAUACAUAAGGGAUUAUACAAAGUAUAAAACGGGCAACAUUCCGCACAAAGCUCUAGAACCGUUUCCACGCGUCGACCCGUCGAGCACGCCACUCCCUCUUAUACGCGCGCAAAACCAUGGACGGCAGACGACCACGAAUCGUUCACGACUAUUAUUAUACAUGAGUGUGUGAGUGUGUGUGCCUCUUGGGAACGCAACGAACUUCCGGUCGACGUGCAUCGUUGUCUCGCUAAUCAUCGAUUAUCCAACCGAGGACAAGCCUCGUUCGAAAUCGAAAUCACGUAGGGAAAUAACAAUAAAGGGAUAAAUAAAAUAAAGGAAAGAAGAAAUAAGAGAAAUAAAGAAACAAAAAAAAAGGAGAAGAGAAAAUUAGCGGAAUAUAUUAAAUGAAAAUGAAGUGUCAACAAGGAAAGAUAACGAGAGAAAGAGAGAGAUAAUGAUUAUCUGGAUAAUAUAUGUUGUAUCCAUGGACUGAAACGAAUUGAAGGAUCGUAGAUCGCUCAUCGAACGAAUGGUGAACAAAAUAAUAGAGUAGUAAAAACAGAGAAAAUAAAAAAAAGAUAAAUAGAAUAAUAACGUAAUAUUAAUUACGAUUAAAUUACAAAAGGAUAAGAGAAACAGAACAAAUGGAAGAAAGGAGUUUUACUGUUUAAGAAGACUAAUCUUUACCUGAGGGCGCGGGAACGGCCUGCAAGAACACCCGAGUUGCGGGCGAAACACGAAGAUUUAAAGAAUAAGAUGGGAAAAAAGGAAGAAAGAAAAAGAAAAAAAAAGAAACUAAAUUUUAAAUGUUCAGUGGCCAAAUAAAUUAACUGAUAACGCACGUAGAACAUAAAGAUAAACCGUACCUACCAAGUAAGCCUGACUGACAUGAAAGCGUCGACGCGGUUUGCGCGCGUGUAGCUGCGUGUGAAUGUGUGCGUGUUAAUUCAAUGUCUGUGGCACCUGUAAUUUCUUCUUUUUCUCUAUAUAAUAUUUCUUUUUAUCUCUUUUAUUUGCGUAAAUUUUGCAUAAGUGCAGAUUGAAGUAAGUAUGGAUGAUUGUAUUCUUUUUCCCCGCGAGAUAAAAAUGCGUUCCAAAAAUAGAAAAAUUGAUUUUUAAGAAUUAUAAUAAAACGAGUUAAGAUGGGUUAAGGGUUUUGAAAAGAAUAUACAUACAUAAAUAGAUGGAAAGGAAGAGAAAAAGAAAGAGAGAGAGAGAGAGAGAGAGAGAGAGAGAGAGAGAGA